AUGCCGGCAGACUCAGCGUACGGACAAGACCGUCUAGCAAAGGUGCUAAGACGAGUGCGGUUCCGCAACGAAGCCCGUGUGGUACGGGAUGUCACGCCGAUCGUGGUCCCAUCCCCUGAACUGCUACAUAUUAACGGACAUGCCGAGCUAGAUGAUGUCUGUAAAGCGAUGAAUGCGGAAUGGACGCAAUGCGACACCUUGUGUGGCCCGAGACCCAAACCAGAUUUCGUGACCGGCUUAUCGGCUGCUGCUUUUACAAAGGAGGAAAAAGAAAAGCUCCAGAUGAGUCACACGAGUGCAUGUCCCAACCUGUUCCUAGAGAAUAUGUACUUCCCUUUCCUCAUCUACGAGGUAAAGGGCAGCGAUCGUCUAAUCGAGGAGGCGGAACGGCAGGCCAUGCACAGCGCCAGCAUUGCAACGCGAGCCGUGGUAGAACUGUUCCGGAAGAUUUCUGCAACGGCUGAAGUUCAUAAGAAGAUUCUCGCGUUCUCUGUUGCUCACAACCAUUCGAUAGUGAUGAUCUUUGCUCACUUCGCGACUAUUACCGACCAGCGCACAUCGUUCUUCCGCCGUUUGCUACAUCUUCAUCGCUUCGCCGAGGAUCUCGAAUCUACGGCCUGGACUAAGUCGUAUCAGAUUAUUCGAGCUAUCUACGAACACUUCGUUCCUCAACACCUCGCCUAA